UCAGCUGUGUCCGUCAUGAUAAAUGGAGCCGGAAGCAACAUCACUAGAAACCAGUGGACAUGUGCAGGAGGCCGGCGGUGCGUUAUGGUGUGGACGUGAAACACCGAGGACAAAUCUAGCUGUUCCCCAAUGCUGACAUGAUAUCCCCAGUCUCUCUGAACAAACUUCAAUUCGGUCUGUAAAGGUCUACCUACGCCCCUCUACACACUACUCAACCAACCAGCCCAAAUCUACACCUCAAACCCAAGAUGGCUACUAGACACAAAGCCCUGAUGGUUGCAGUGGUCACCUUGUUGGGCGCCACCUUGGGAGGCCUGUUAUUAUGGCGACAACCAACCCUGAGGACACAGAAGAAGAAGCGGCGUCUAGCUCAGGGUCAGAUAGGGGUCAGCACUGGUCCCGUACCAGUGGAACAGCUGGGUCCUGUGGUUGUCGAGUCCCAGACCCAGCUAACCCUUGGUCAGAGCCUGGGCCUCCUCCUGCCUGUUUCACUGCCCCCUGCUGACCAGGUCUUGGCAGUGCAGCCUGUGAUGGUGAGCUCUGAGGAGGGUUGGGAGCAGCUGUGGCCGUCGCUGCAAAAGGAGCUAUCCGUCUACCCCGUCCUCGGCCUGGACUGCGAAUGGGUGUCAGUGAAGGGUAAGGCGUCGGCGGUCUCCCUCCUCCAGAUGAGUUCCUACUCUGGCCUGUGUGUGUUGGUGAGGCUACAGCUGUUUCAAGGUAGCCAGCAGGACCUUCCCCUCAGCUUGAAGGAGGUCCUCAGGGACCCCCAUGUCCUGAAGGUGGGCGUGGGCUGUUACGAAGACGGGACACGUCUGACCCGAGACUACGGCCUGGCUCUGGGUUGUACCGUGGACCUGCGAUAUCUCGCACUACGACAAAGGAAGGUAGUGUUGAACAAUGGUUUGAGCCUCAAGUCUCUGGCUGCCGACCUGCUCAAUGUGUCUCUGGAUAAAUCCAUGGCGCUUCGAUGCAGUAACUGGGAGGCUGAUCAGCUGACCCUAGAACAGAUGACUUACGCAGCCUUGGAUGCCCAGGUAUCCAUCGCCCUGUUCUUCCACCUGCUGGGCCUCUACUCCGACACCACGCCCUCACCUGACAGUGGGAGUGGCUAUACCCAGCUGGCCAAUCGCUGCCAGGGCCUGAUAGACACACCCUUCAGGGAGAGGGGUGAGGGGGAGGAUGGCGAGAGGAGACGGAAGGGUAAGAAGCUCCGACAGCCUACUUUGGAAAGCUCGGAGAUUGGUGACCAGCAAGUACCAGACCCCAGAAAGAACAACAAGAGGAAACCGCUCGGUGUGGGAUACUCUGCUAGGAAGUCCCCUCUUUACGACAACUGCUUCCUCCAUGCCCCGGACGGACAACCCCUCUGUACCUGCGACAAGAGGAAGGCCCAGUGGUACAUGGAUAAAGGACUAGGAGUGUUGCAGAGUGACGAGCCCUUCAUCGUGCGUCUCUUGUUUGAGCCGUCGGGACGUCCAGAGUCCCAGCAGGACUACUACCUGACUGCCAAGAAGAACAUAUGUGUGGUGUGUGGCAAGAACGAGUCUUAUAUCAGGAAGAACAUCGUUCCUCACGAGUACAGACAACACUUCCCCAUGGAGAUGAAGGACCACAACUCCCAUGAUGUCUUGUUGCUGUGCACUUCCUGUCACGCAGCCUCCACCGUGCACGACGGCUUCCUGAAGCAGCAGCUGGCUGAUGAGCAUGGCGCGCCCCAGGGGUGUGAGGAGGGCGUGCGCCUCCUGGAGGACUCUGACCGCAGGAGGGUUCGUUCUGCAGCCCGCGCCCUGCUCACCGUGGGGGAGGGGCUUCCAGAGGUCAGGAGAGAUGAGCUGCAGAAGGUCAUAAGGUGCUUCUUCAACGACACCGACAUGGAGCUGAGUCCCGAGACACUUCAGAGGGCUGCAGACCUGGAGACGAGGAUCCUCAAUGAGAGCUACGUUCCCCACGGGCUGAAGGUGGUGAAGGUGAAAGCCGAGCAGGGCCUGAAGGGAUUAAUGGUGCUGGAGAGCCGCUGGAGACAACACUUCCUGUCUACCAUGACACCUCGCUACCUUCCUCCUCACUGGUCUGUCAGCCACAACCACGACAAGUUACUACGCAAGUACGGAGAUGACCUUCUCAUCCAGCUUAACUGACCUACAGUCACCCCCGUCUGGUACCCAGGCUACAUCUGUCUGGUUCCCCAUCAGCUGUUGCAGCCAGCCUCUACCUGGGGUCCAGCCAGCCUCUACCUGGGGUCCAGCCAGCCUCUACCUGGGGUCCAGCCAGCCUCUACCUGGGGUCCAGCCAGCCUCUACCUGGGGUCCAGCCAGCCUCUACCUGGGGUCCAGCCAGCCUCUACCUGGGGUCCAGCCAGCCUCUACCUGGGGUCCAGCCAGCCUCUACCUGGGGUCCAGCCAGCCUCUACCUGGGGUCCAGCCAGCCUCUACCUGGGGUCCAGCCAGCCUCUACCUGGGGUCCAGCCUCUGAUCUCUGGGCUACUGUGUAAUCCCCCAGGUAGACUUAUGCCUACAGGUGAAAGGUUGGAUUCUGUGUGUUUUUAGUGCCUGCGAUCCUCCUCAGUCUACUGUUGGCUGGACGAGGACAUCUGUUGCUCUGCUUGUGGUGCCUUACAUGUUAAAUGCCAGACAGAGCCUGUGCUAGUGGGCCCAGCAGGAUGUAUUGGACCCCUUUUUUACUGACACAUUGGCACCCUGCUCUUUUAAAUAGUGUAGGACAUUUUGACCAGGACCCAGAAGGUGCCAUUUUUGAGAUCCUGAGAGAGACUGGCCCUGUUUUUUUCUGACCGAGGGGAAAAUAAUUCAGUGUCAAGAACACUGUCUGAAGAUGGUGGUGCAGAAUUCAUGAUGAAAAUCCUAUUGAAUAUAGGAUCUUCACGAUACCAGUAUCCCGAUACUCUGCGAUAUCGUGGCAAGGAAACAUGAAGCACGCUGCAUUUCCUGAUGGGGGGGAAACAGUCCUAAUGUUGUCAACCAGAAUCACAUGUUAAUUUUCCUACAACAGACAAUAUUUAACUUCCAGUAGAUUUUAACGAAGAGUUCAGUCUGCUUUGUGUUUUCCUUGUUGCCAUGGAAAACCAGGUUUUCGUGACGACCCUGCUAUGGUUUGGUUUCCCCAAUUUUUUAUUUUUUAUUAAACUUGUCCUAGCCAGGAAUACCAUAGGAGACUAGACCUCAUCUAGGGCCAAGAAACAGGCCCUAUACAGGGCAUUUGGGAACGUAUUCAGUCCCCUUGACUUUGUCCACAUUUUGUUACGUUACAGCCUUAUUCUAAAAUGGAUUAAAUGUUUUCUUUAUUCAUCAAUCUACACAAUAGCCAUAUGAUGUUGACAUCGAUUUAGGAAGCACCUCAUACAUCUGAAUCAGUUGUACAACUGACUAGGUAUCUCUCCUCCCACUAACUAAUCCAUUUUAGAAUAAGGCUGUAACGUAACAAAAUGUGGAUAAAGUCAAGGGGUCUGAAUACUUUCCAGAUUCAGAAAAUCAUGUAUUUUAGACUAGGCUGAAACCUGCUUUUAGUAAUCAAUUAAAUAUGAGUUAUAAUUUCCCCUGUGGGUUUUUCAGUCCUAAAGAUGGGCAUUUGUGAGCGUGCAGAAAUCAAGUUUGCUUGGGAAAGGUAGCUUACUUUUUCUUUUUUAACACGACAGAGCACCUCAUCUUUGUCUUUUUUUGUCUUUUUUAAUGGAUCAGACGAAGCUAUACAUUCAAUAACUGAUCAGCCGUUAUGAAUUGAUGACGACCAGCCAUUGAAUGUGUCUGAAAUGGCUCUACUUUGCCUUCAGAGUAUUCACACCCCUGUUUCCACAUUCUGUUGUGUUAAGGCCUGAUUUUUUUUUUUAAUGAUUACAUUUUUAGAUUUUUAUUUUGUCACUGACCUACACACAAUGUCAAAGUGGAUUUCUUUUUAAAAAUAAUUUUACAAAUGAAUUGAAUAAAAAAUGAAAAGCUGAAA